CCAGAGAUGUUGGGCAGAAGGAUCAGGUGCAGUUCGUCUGAUAAGCCUGUUUGAUUCUUUUAGGACAUUGAUCUACUUAAUUCCCAUUAGAUUUGUUGUGACCAUGAAAAGCAGUUGGAUAUUUCUCUGUGUACUUUCUCUUUCCACCUGGUUGACUGUCCAAGGAACCUACACCUAUGGAGGAUCUGACAUCUGUCAAUGCAAUGGGAAGUCACGUUAUUGCCUGCCUGACUCUGGGGGUCUCCAUUGUGUGGAUUGCCAAGGCAACACUGAGGGAAGACAUUGUGAGAAGUGCAAGGAGGGAUUCCACCACCAGAGGGCAGGAGACAGUUGUCUUCCCUGUCUCUGCAGCCCUGUAGGUUCUGUUGGCUCACGGUGCGACAGUGAAGGGCGUUGCCGCUGUAAAGCAGGAGUAAAGGGGGAGAAAUGUGACCAGUGCCUCGAUGGAACACCUAUCACCUCAGAGGGCUGUUCCGCUCAUGGUGGUCAGCUCUCUGAUAGCGCAGAGAAAGACCGAACUCUGCCUUGCUUUUGCUACGGACACUCGACUAAGUGCUCCCCAGCUACGGGAUACUCGGCCUACGCCAUCACCUCGACUUUUGACGACGGGCUGGAAGGCUGGCGAGCCGCCCCUGCUGAAGGCGGGUCCUCAUCUCAAGUCCGAUUCCGCUGGUCCCACACUCACCGCGACCUGGAGGUCAUCUCCAAAGACCUCCUGCCUGUCUACCUCUAUGCCCCCGACUCUUACCUGGGCAACCAGGAGCUAAGUUACGGUCAGAACCUGUCCUUCUCCCUGAGACUGGACCGAGGGAUUCGCCAUCCGUCCACGGCUGACGUGGUGCUGGAGGGAUCCGGGCAGAAGGUAGCAGCUCCCCUGGGAGACCUGAGGAAUAAUAUCCGUUGUGGACAGAGAAUCACCUACACAUUCAGACUGGAUGAGCAACCGAGCAGUAAAUGGACACCCCAACUCUCACCAUUCCAGUUUCAAACACUCCUCCAAAAUCUGACCGCUAUCAAAAUCCGUGGUACAUUCGGGGAAAACGCGCGUGGUUACCUAGACAACGUGCGUUUGGAGUCUGCCCGUCAAGGUCCUGGGGUCCCAGCGCCGUGGGUACAGAUGUGUACCUGCCCAGAGGGAUCUGAGGGCCUGUUCUGUGAGAAGUGCGCUGUAGGCUAUACAAGAAGUUCCCCAAGCAGAGGACCAUUCAGCUCCUGUAAGCCCUGCAACUGUCGAGGUGGAACUUGUGACCCUGAAACAGGAGAUUGUUUCUCUGCAGAUGAGACACCUGGUCAGGACAACACAUGCCCGUCAGGAUAUUAUAAUGACCCGGUCCGGCCAGGGAGCUGUCGGAAGUGUCCCUGUCUCAGUGGAGCUUCCUGCACUGUGAGCCCAAUAACCCGGGAGGUUCAGUGUGACCGCUGUCCAUCUGGCACCACUGGCUUACGCUGCAACAUCUGUCAGGAUGGUUUCUUUGGCGAUCCUCAGGGAGAAUACGGCUUCCAGGCACCUUGCCAGCCUUGCGAUUGCAACGGGCACGCGGACCCUAACGCCGUCCGUAGUUGUGACCCACAGACAGGGAAGUGCCUGAAAUGCGUGAAUCAUACCACUGGCUACUUCUGUGAUAGGUGUCUGGAAGGCUAUUACCACAACAUGCCCUCAGAGGAAUGCAAACCGUGUAGCUGCAAUCCGCGGGGCUCUCAGUUAAAGACAUGCAGUAACGACGGCCAGUGUUUAUGCAAAGAAGGCUUUGAGGGGCUGAAGUGCCUGGAUUCCACAUGCCCCUCCUGCUUUAACAAUGUCAAGUAUACGAUAGAGGGGUACACUAGUAGACUGGAGGAGAUAAAAAAUCUGUUUACGGGGAUGGAGAGCGGCCGUCUGCCAGGGACCGACACCCAGAUGGAGAAAAUGAUCAAAGACGCUGAGGACAGAGUGUAUGACCUGCAGACUAAAGCACAGAAACUCUCUGAAUCAGAGAAACUCUUGCAGGGCAAGGUCUCAGAAAUCAGUACCGAUCAGCUAACUAAUGAGAGAGCGAUCGCGGUGAUCUCCCAAACCAUCGGAAGCAUCAAGCUGCUGAGCGGGAAGCACGACCGACAGGUCUCCAACGUUAACACACUCAUCAACGCUGUGCGGCGCAAUCUGCAAGAGGCAAAACGCCAAAUUGAUAAAGCAGAAUUACCUUCAUCCGAUACAGUGGUAGGCACGGAAAACCUCUCAACUUUGGUUGAGAGAGCAAAUGACCUGGCUGAAAGACAUCAGAGCAUAGCGGGGAUAGUGGUCAAGACAGCCAACAGUGCCCUCGCAGAGUCAGAGAUGUCCCUGAUGAACAUGAGAUCUGUUAUGCUAAAAGAAAACAGGACCAAACAGCUCAUCGGUGAUCUCAAAGCCAAGUAUGAUGCUGACCUGGCCCAGGUGAAAGCUAUGGAUACUGACGCCGCUAGACUGAGCAUCUCUGCUGAAAACGAGAGCAAGGAAGCAGCUAACGCUCUGAAGAGGAUAGCCUCCCUGGAGCGGAAGAUCCCCGGUCCUCUUACGGACGCUGCCAGUGUGUUGGCAAGGUUAGAUGGCAUGAAAGAACAGGUGACCAAUAAUCUCAAAGAAUACCAAGCGCUCCAAGACGAAACCCAAGAGGAUACGGCUGCAGUAAAGGACCUGCUCAUCCAGGGGGAUUAUGCUCAAAAAAAAUACAAAGGGCUUCUUGAAAAAGCGAAUGCAGCAAAGGAUGACUCACAAAAGGCUCUGAAGUCUAUCACAGAUAACAUUAAUGGGGUGGAUGACAUACUGAACACGCUUAAAGAUGAUGAAAGACAGAUCAGCAUGAACAAGGAUUUGGCAGACGAUGCCAUAAAUAAAUUCUCUGGCAUCAACAGAACCAUUCAGCAAGCUGUUGGCAGCAACCAAAUAGCCCAAUUCAUCAUAGACAGUGUGUCCGUAGACUACGACGAGGCACUGGAUACCAUCAGCAGCCUGGGAACUGGGAUCACGCAACUGGAGAAAAUGUCAGCCAAUUUACAAGUGCCUACGGGUUUACUGAACAACACCACCAAGCUAUAUAACGACGUACAGGACUUAAAAGAUCAGGCAAGAAGCAUUGAUGGCAAAGUAUUGUUGGAGAAGGACAAUGCUGAGAGACAAAAAGAAAAUGCUGCACAGUCUUCAAUGAAAGCAACUGGUGCCUAUAAUUAUGCUAAGGAUACCAGAGGAGAUGUUGCAGACACGCUACUGGCUGUUAAUGACCUCCUGAGCAUGUUUGGUGAUCAGGGCAGUGUGGAUGAGAAGAAGCUGGAAGAGUUGGAGCGGUCUGUUGCUGGUGCUCGUGUCAAGGUCAACCGGCAGCUGAAACCUAGACUGCAGCAGCUUGAUGAGAUGGAAGCUGGUCAGAAGGCCAAAUUGUCCGGCCUCAUUGUAGAUAUCGAUAUGAUUCUGGCCGACAUCAAGAACCUGGAGAUGAUCAAAAAUAGCAUCCCUAAAGGCUGUUACAACGCCCAACCUAUUGAAAAUCCUUAACCUCCACCUACCGAGAAAUCAAAGGUGACGUCCCAAACACCACCUUACUAGCUCUUUAGUGUAGAACUUUUGAACUGGACCAAUAGGGCGUAGGGUGCAAUGCAUAUUUCUGACAAGUAAGUCAGAAUAUGUCAUGGUAUUACAUGUGAGGAUAAUGAGUGUUAAACCAAAUGUAUUUGAAACUGUAUGUUGAAAUGUGUUAAUGUUAUUUGCAAUGUGGUCUGUGAUCAAGUGUUCAAGUCGAUAUUUUCUGUUGUAUUCUGUGAAAUAAACUCCAAUAUUUAUUCCUUUCUUAAGAACACAAAUCAGGUACCGCAUAAUUCUGUGCAACACAUUAAUGUAAAUUCAUGUCAGUGUGUUUCAUAUAAGAGAUAUCAUUUCAACAUCCAGUUCUAAGUUUACUUUGGGUUUUCAACUAAACAUGAAAUCAACAACAAACCCUUUCAUUGGAUUUUGAAUAAUUUAGUUAAAAGUAUUUAUUUUGGGCCAUUUUAAUGCAAAUCCAAUCAGUUCUCCAAAUAUACUUUUUUGUUGAACUGAUUUGGAAAAACUUUGAUUGAACAAAUGUAUGCCCUGUGGGUAACAGACAAUAUAACCAACUGGAAAAUAUUUAUGGUUACAUCUACAUCUUAGUCAUUUAGCACUUUUAAUCAGAGGGACUUACACUUUAGUACAUUAAUCUUGAGAUAGCUAGCUAGGACAAUCAAAUACAUAGCACAGUCUUAAAUGUUUCCUUAAAGCAGAUGCAUGUUUGCAAGGAAAGACAGUGCAUGUUUUUUUUAAGACUAAA